AUGGCACCAGAAAUUUCCACCAAAACUCUCCAAGAAAUUCCACAAGAUGAUGUCUUUCUCCAACCUAAAGUUGAUCUCCAAGAGAUUUUGAAGUUGGGUGCAAAUUUGGAAGUGAAAUGGAACAAGAUAAAUUAUUUUGUAGUUGACGACAGUGAAGAACUCUCACUUUUCAUCAAAGGUGGAAUGUUGAACUACACAUCAAGCAAUGUGCCAUAUGUUAGAUUCAUGGGGCUCUCGGGAAAUAAACUAAGUGGGGAAAUACCUGUCGAGUUAAUGUCUCUUGUUGGAUUGCAGGGUUUGGAUUUAUCUAGAAACCAUCUAAGUGGAAGAAUCCCAGAAAACAUUGGGAACUUGAACCAACUUGAGUCUCUAGAUUUAUCCAAAAUGACCUUUCUGGUCCAAUUCCUCAAAGCUAACCGGUCGAAUUCCAUCCGGACGUCAUCUGCAGACAUUAGACGACCCAGCCAUUUACAUGGGAAGCAGUGGACUGACCCAGCCAUUUACAUGGGAAGCAGUGGACUUUGUGGUGAACCGCUAGACAAAAGCUGCCCUGAUGAAUCUGAUGGUAAAUCAAAUGCCGGAGAAUCGAGUGAUCAUGAGGAUGGCAAGGAGUCUUAUUUUUAUUGGUUUUAUGCUGGUUUGGGACCUGGUUUUGGUGUUGGACUCUUGGGAUUCUUCAGUGUCCAAUGUUUUAAAAAGUCAUGGCGCUAUGCAUACUUCGGAUUUCUGGAGAACUUGUUCAAUAAAGUAUGGGUAGAUAUUGCAUUGCUUAUUGAGUGA